AAACGUACUUGAAUUAUUUGUGAGCUAAUUCAGUAAAGUUUAUCAAAUAUAGGAUACAACUAAACCAGCCAUCAUAAUCUCAUUGGAAAAGAUAAUAACCAGUUGCUGAAGAAGUACAAACAUAAUGCUGCUAUAUUGCUAUAAUGAAACUUUGAUUUCCAAGAAAUAAUUCUAUUUUUGAAUAAAAAAUGAGGAAAAUGAGUUUUGGACGUGUUUGGAUGUUUAGUUGGUGGGCGAUGUCGUGUGGUACAAAUGAAGGAGAUCAUCUCAGCCAAUAGGCGCAAAGCAGAGGUGAUGUGAUCCAAAACAGCAGGUUAAGCAAGGUUUUGUACCAAUAGUCACCAAAAAGUAGGCUAAGCUCUGGAAAAAAUCUAAUUCACAGGGAUUUUUUAUUCUUUAUUUACUAAAGAAAGCAACCAUCAUGAAGAACGAAUCCUUCCUCAUGAUGAUUGUUCUUCUUGGACAACUCCUAACGCUGCGAGUCGUUUUAGGAUAUCCAGUAAAUUGGUGGAACCCGAUGUUCUAUAACCAACAAUAUAAUACAGGUUUUCCUCGGCCUUUUCCUGCGUUAGAUGAAUCUCAGCCAAAAGAYAAAGUCGGUCGCAAACCUGACGGGUUUAGGCCUCCAGUCUUUCCGAACUUUUACGCACCAAAUAUGCAAUUUAAUCCUUUUCCAAAUUACUACCCAGGGAUGUUACCACCAUACCCGGCCUAUCCGAACCCGCAAUUUAACUUCAAUAAUAGAAUCGAUGACGAUCGAAAUGGAAAAAAGAAGGAUGAAGAAGAAAGUAAAGAGAAUGAUGAUUCCAAAUCAGUAACAAUACCUCCAUACUCGAAUUUCAUGCCAGGAUAUUACGCUCCUGGGUAUGCCUAUCCUAACUAUUAUCCAGGUAAAACAGUUAGUUUAACUAAACGUUAUAGGUAUUUUGAAUAAAAAUUAGCUUGUCUAGACUCUAAAUUGGAUCAUUUUAGCGCUAGUAUAUUUAUUGAACUUGGCAGAAAUACCAUUUUUGAGAGUGGAUCAGGGAACAAUAGACUUAUUAACGAUAGAAAUAGGAAAAUACCGCACGGACACUGGCGUGYGUACAUCGCAAACUUGCUUUGUGUUUGUAAUUUUGUCAAGUUUGCUUUUUCAUUUGUAUUUGCUGAAGUUGAUUUAUUUUUGCGGAUCUUCUAACAGCAUUUUACUUAUUAAGGCAUAUUUAAUUUGUUUUGGAUACUUUUAGSGCCCCAGACUCAACAACAGUACAUGUACCCUGGGGGUUACCAAGGAAAUCAAUACGCAUACCCACAACAACAACAACAAGAUCAACAGCAGUUCAAUGACGAGGCAAAAAUCAACCCACCACCACCCCCUAAGAUUCCUGAGCUUAUGUCCACAUUGGUCCAGUUGUCGAAAAACAAGAAAAAAUACGGCUAUCUGGACGACCAACCAUCGUGUUCGUCAUGCAAUAAAUGCAGUCAGUGUUACAAGUCAGCACAAUGCGCACAGUGUGGACUAUGUCAGAGUAAACUAUGUGAUCAAGCGACAGCCUCUCUGCCAAUGAUUCCUAAAGACAUAUGAACAGUAUGGAGAUGUCAGGUCUAAUAUUUGAAUCACCUAAAAAGUGGCUUAAAAAACUCGGUAUCCACAUUGGAGGCUCAAAGCGAUCACACAUCAACACCCAAAACGAUAAGAAGACACAUAAACAAGUUACAAAAAAACAUUCGUAAAGAAUGGAACUGCCAGAGCAAAGAUAUGAACUGAACUCUAAAUACUCUACUGUUACUAUAAAGUUUUAUAGUGAUUGGUAUUUCAACGCGGAUGAGCUCAGAUGCUUCAUCUCAGUAAAGAGAUUUUUAUUUGUAUUAAACAAUCAUAGGGGGGAACUGUACAACUAGUGUAUAAGGUGUCUUGAACAGAGGAAGGAUACAGUUGAAGCGGAAAAAAUAACAAGUAUCCUCUUAUUUGAACUCACUUUCCAUCAUCACUAGGAAAACACUAUUUCGUUUUCUAAAAGUCAGAGGAUUUUUUAGUGAGCAAUGUCCUUAUACACUGAGUGACCUAUCGCAUGUCAGGGGAUCAAAUACAAUGAAAAUAUUAACAGUGCCUGUCAKUGGGCUGGUUUUAAGGUGAUAGAGUCACAGCUUAGACUUGAUUUACUCUCAACCAUGUAAUUCUUGUCGUCAAAAUAGGGACGUCUUCAUCAGUCAAAUCAUGUUUUUUAUGAAGUUUCGGCCUGCAUUACUAUACCACGCUUCAAGCUGAGACUUAAGACUCUCCUUGUGAUAAUAGCUACCUACUGACGGCCGUGUGGGUGUGAGUGUGGUUAUUUUAUGUAAAAAUGUMUGUAACCUUACAUGAAGAUCUCUUUGUUGUCAUAGGAUAAUUUAUUAAGGAUAACACUUCCAUAUCGCUCACGUUAAUUAUAUUAAUGUACAUAACAUCAAAAUACAAGGAUAUUUUUGACAAGA